UCUUGAGUCAACACACAUGAAAUAACACUGAUUAAUCAAAAAAGUCAUCACUGACAUUGCUUCAGGAAUUCAAUAUGUUUUUUGCUUGAGAGAGACGUCAAGGGAAUUUAUUACAGCAUAUCCAUUACUUGAUAAAUUAUGUAACAGAUAUUGUUCAAAGAAAAGCAUUAUCUUCUCAGUAAAUAUGAUUUCAGCACAGCUCUGACUGUGGCUUAGAUAGACCAUCACUGUUUUAGUGCCAAGAAAUUCAAGACAAAAUACCCACAAAAAAAAGGUAAACCCAGAAAAACAGUCUUGCUGUGCAAACGUCAUUUGUUACACUCAUAGUGAUCAUUUGUUGUAGCAUCUGGCAGUGUGAUAUUGAAGUCACCACUCGAGAGCUCAGUGACAUUUACUUUGUGCCAAUUUUUCAAAGACAUUAACAGGAGUAUUACAGCACGUAGGUGUAGAAACCCAGGUCAAAGUGGUUCGCAGAUUGAACAUUCCAAGAACAUUGAACUCAUCUGAUAUUACUACAAUCUCGAAAAAUCGUGGACAGUGAUUUUGCGAGUUGGAAACGGGUGAAGAGUGAUCGUUAUAAAAAACUUACCACAUCUGUACCAUGAAAGGACAGCAGAAUGGCGACGUAUUCACGGAGUUUGUCAGCCAUGACAGCAUUCCUGCCGUCGUUGACGGAGCCGCCAUGGCUCAAGCAACUGCUUCCCCAAAGAAAAAACUCCUGACACUAGAGCAGGAGUUCAAUCAGUUGUUCGGAGGUGAUUCUGGAAGGGAUAACAAAAAGAUCAGCAGUUUCCUACGGACAUGCCGCAUGUCACCGAACGAGGCUAUUCGGUCCUCACUGUGGCAGGCGCUGUGCGAAGGUCUUGAUAAGAGUCCGGGACAGAUGUACCAAGAGACAGUUGGCGAAAUCUUUGGACAUGAGCGCCAUCUAGACAUCACGCUCCCUGCCUUCGUAGACCACGAGCUGACCACGCAUUACUUCCUGAAUGAGCAGGGUCUUCAGUGUGCCAAGCGUAUCAUAUGUGUCAUAGCGUACACCGAGCCUGACAUCACCUAUAGUCCUGCGCUAUUCCCGCUCACUUGUCUUUGUCUGCACUAUAUGGCAGAGGAAGACGCUUUUAACGCAAUCUAUGGUCUGUUGCAUAGUAAGAUGGGGCAUAUAUCGCAGACCAAGCUGGCGUAUCAGGCCACGGGACUGGUAAUAAGGGACCUCACCAAAAGAUUUGUUAAAUCUGCCCACAGCUUUAUAGAGCGCAAUACAAAGCAGGUAGAUGUAGUAUUUGAAGGCUGGCUCUGGUGGUUGCUCAGAGAUCUUCCAUUUUCUUACAUGUUACGUGUGAUAGACUGCUAUCUGUUUGAAGGGCGUAAAGUGUUGUACAGAGCUGCACUGGCUGUGUUACAUCUCUUCCAGAAACAUGCAGCGAGAGACGGUGCAAUAAGUACCAGUGCUGCUGUCCAAGCAGCCAUUAGUCAGUUCUGCAGGGAUAUUAAAAAUAUUGUUACAGUGGAAAAAUUCUUAAAGACGGCAUUUGGUAUCCGAGGGCUCAAGCGGAAGGAUAUCAACAAACUGUAUGUUAAACAUGACAUGUUCCUAAAGAGUAAGGUUCACCUGAGGGUCGGCAGCAGUCAUGGACUGGUCAAAGCCAAGUCCUCGGAGUCGCUCGGACCUAUGCGGGCAAACAAGUCAUUUAUUGGACCUCCCAUGCCUAUACAUGAGAUUAACUCUACCAUUUUGUCACAUGAUGAGUGGCUUCCAUGUAAUCGCAAACUCGGGAGGUCAAGGUCAGUGGGUAGAAUUGCGCUGGCCGACGCUAAGACUAAUGUUUUGACUUUGGAACAACUGCAGACUAUCUGGUCAUGGCUGCCAUACAGGAUGACUGUGUACCAGCCGGAGCUGUUGUUUUCUACUGAGGAACAUGGGACCAGCCUCAUCACGCUGUACCAGAAGAUAGAGAACAAAGGAGCCGUCAUUCUGGUCAUUAAAACAGAGAAAGAUGAGGUAUUUGGUGCCUACUGCUCCAACGACUGGUCAGAAAGAAUACAGUACGAGAAAAGACUGACAUAUUUUGGGACGGGGGAGACAUUUCUGUUCACUCUUGUACCAGAGGUAGAGAAGAUUGAGUGGGUUGGGCUGAAGAAGCCGCCAGAGGAGAUCUCUAAUACAGGCUAUAUGUUCCAGGCAGGGGACAGGACCAUGCUGACUAUUGGAGGAGGAGACGGCGAGGGAAUCCAGCUUGAUGAAAAUCUUUUCCAGGGUCGGACAGAACGAUGUAACACCUUUGAAAAUGAACCUUUGUGCGAAGACGGAGAUUUCCACUGCAAGGUUGUGGAGGUGUUCGGCUUCAGUUAGCCGGCCAGUAUUGGACUAACCAUUGCUCCACAGACCCCAGGUCUGACCACACGUUUACUGCUGAAUGUCUGCUUUUGAUCUGAUGAAACAGCUCAACAGUUACUCAAUACGCAAAUACAACAACCUGGACCAAAUGUGCCUCCAACAGAAAGUCUUCUUCAAUGUGUUGUUGGAAGUAAUAACGACAUUAGCAUCGUAACGUACUCGUUGUUGUAUCCUGAAGUAUCUUGUGUGGUUUGGAUUCUGUUGAAGGCGCAGUAAUACUGUUAGAAGAGGAAAAUAAUGGGAUAUAGAUUGUUGAUUGCAUCACAGUGAAGGACAAGGGUGGAGGUUCCACCAAGCAGAUGAUUAUUGUUACUUCUUGUUGCUUUAGCCCCAAGUGUAUUAGACUGUAUUGUACUGAAUGUGUUAAAUGUGACAACACUAUUGGAAUGUGUUAGAUGUGACAACACUGGAAGAUUGUGGUAGGAGUACCCACACUAAUGAAGAGUAUUGGCUGGCACUUCAUGAAUGUCCAGAAACAAAAGUGAAUAAAAAAUCAAAAUCCAUAAAAAAGUACAUGUAAACUGGUUGCAUGUUGGUUGGAUUUUAAAUUGGCACAUUCUACACAGCCACAUUGUCAAGGUUUGCAGAAGCUGCUUUUUGCCAUGGGAUUCCCUGAUGUUACAAUGAAAACAAUGCUGUUGCACAUUUGAUGCUGACACGUUCAUGGAAAAUACUGAAAGAGACAUUUAUCCAUAACAAAUAUAAAGCAUGUGCUGUUCUCUUGUGUUGUCUUGAAGACUGUGUCCUUGUUGUAAAGGCCGCGUUGUGUUAUAUUUAUAUAUGUGGCAAUGACUUCCAUAGAUAUGUAUGGUAUUAGAAGAACAGUGAAUGGCACAAUAUGAUAGUAGGCCAACAUAUCUUUCACUUCUGAAUAUUGGUGAGAGUCUGUGAUAUAGCUGUUAAAACUCCCACGCACAGAUAAGCUUUACUGUAAGACUUUAGUUUAGAUCUUACCUUGGGUAUUAUUGCCAUCUGCCUGUCUUGGUAACUAGCUCCAUCUACAGUACAGAGUAAGUGGGGUUUCUGCCCUCAAUUGACUAUGUUCAGUAUUCAACAAUACUAUUAUAAACAUUUUCCUUUCAAAAUGGUGGACUUAGCCUGCUUUCUUCAAACUUAAACCAAAGCCAAGGCAAUAUAGGCUGCCCUUAACCAACUUCAUGUAAUUUUAUGCCAUAAUCAAAUAUUAAUUUAUCAGGAUAUCUUUGAUUAUUUUCUGUAAAUAACAAACUUGUCUCUUGAUAUAUAGGCCAGUGAUAUGAUUCUUGUCAUCAAUAUUAGAACUACUCUUGAAAUGAUUGCUUGCUUAUUGAAAAGUACAGUAAUUAAACCUUUCUUCAGUCAGUAAUGUGAAUGGAUAAACGCUUAAAAAAAAUUAAGAUAUUGCCCCAAGGGUGUGAAAAACGUGUCAAAAGCGGGUUUGGCCUAAGUAAAAUGAUAUCCACUGGAAUAUGUCUAUAAUAACAAUAUUGACAAGAGAGGAGGUAGUUGCAAUAUAUUUCCUUUGAAGGCCUUCUAAGAAUGAUGGCUGUAGGACUGAGACUGAUUUGUUGUAUUCAGCAAUUUACUAACAACGGAAAUGGACUGUCCAGAUAAGAUUUAGCAUGUUUAUAGUGCACUUUUCUGCAUUAAUUGUAAAAUAUUUCAACACUUCUACCGAUAACACAGACACAUAGUAUUACCCUCAUACAUUGGGUAAGUCCAUUAUACUUGCAUGAUUAAAUUAAUUUGUAUGAUAUGUAUAUAUUAGCCUGCUUUCUAUCUAUGACAGCUUGAGGGCGUUCCAAAACCUAGUGUUUGCCUCCUGCUGAAGUUUAAACUGAAAUAUAAUUGCAUCUUUGUCUGAGUGUAAAUUAUUUUGCAUUCAGGUUUUCAGGUAUUCAUUUGAAUCCUAUCAUCAUAUGUUGCCAUACUUCUGAUUAUAAGUUCAUUAAUUUUAAGCAAUAAAAGCUAGUUGCUUGAUGGGAAUCUGACUCUGUUGUAGAUGUAGUUAUGUAGUAGUCCAUCACAGUUGUGACAUUUUGUUCCAGUGGUACAGUGCAGCUGUGACAUUACGUGUCAUUGGUACAGUGCACCUGUGACCAGCUUAGUUAUAACCAUUUAUGGUAGUAUCAAGUAUGACAUUUACAGAUAAUGUGACAUCUGAAAACUUGUAAAAUGGCUUUGCCUAGAUGGGUUAAGUCAAGUGAAUUAAGAAGUAUUUAACACUUACAACAAGUAAAUAUUCAGUCUCUUGUUGUGUUGUUUAUCAUCAUUAUUUAUGUACCUACAAAUAUUGGUUAUUUCCCAAAACUUAUCUCUGAUAUUAUACUUGCAUAAGUUGCAUUGUUAAUAUUCAAAAGGUAUGGAUGAUUCACUAAAUAAAGUAAUCAGUGUUGUUCCUUAUGGAUAUGUUUUCACACAGGUUCUCCUUCAAUUCUCCCACUGUACCAUGUAUUAUAGUGGUCCUUUCACUCCUCGUUAUCUCCAAAUGAUUUUAGAUCAAACUUAAUGUGUUAGAUGUGACACUGGCAGAUUGCGUUGGGAGUGACAACACUGUUUACUACCAGUAAAGGCUCCUUUGACCUCGUGAUGUUGAAAUGUAUUCAGUUUUGAAAAAUCUCUUUCUUAAAUUAUAAGUUAAUCAUGAAUAAUGACACAUUACUUUUUUCAAGUGGAAGUGGCUAUCAGUUGCUUCAUAAAUAAUUUUUCCUUAGUAAAAUGUAGGUUUAUCAUCUAAGGGUGAGCGGGUGUACCCACAAAAAAACUCAAAAAUCCUUGAUUGACAUCUGUCUUAUCUCUGUUGAGCAUAUGUUUAUUGUGUACAUGCUAAAGUUUUGUUCUAUUUGUGGACGUGAGAUCGAGACUGAUCAAUAAAGAAGGGCGGUGCAGUAUUGUAAA